AUGAUCGUACUUUUGCUUAUUCUACGAGGUUUCAUCUUGCUCAACCUAAUACGAGCCCAGGGCGUCGUCGAUGGCACUAGCAAUAGCAGUGGCGGCGGCGCCGCUGAAACUUUGCCCAGCGCGUCAAAUCACACCAACAACUGGGCGGUGUUGGUGUCAACUUCACGGUUCUGGUUCAACUACCGUCACAUGGCCAAUGCCCUAAGCUUUUACAGAACGGUUAAGCGUCUUGGGAUCCCCGACUCGCAGAUUAUACUAAUGCAAGCCGACGAUAUUGCAUGCAACGCGAGAAACGCGUUCCCCGGUUCGGUUUUCAACAACAUGGACCAAGCGUUGGACUUGUAUGGAAGCAACGUCGAGGUGGACUACCGAGGCUACGAAGUGACGGUGGAGAACUUUAUUCGGUUGUUGACCGACAGAUGGGGCCCGGAGCAACCGCGAUCUAAGAGAUUGUUGACGGAUGAGAACUCCAACAUUCUCAUUUACCUUACAGGACACGGCGGUAACGAGUUUUUGAAAUUCCAAGACGCAGAAGAGAUUGGCGCUUACGAUAUUGCCGAUGCGUUUGCGCAAAUGUAUGAGAAAAAGAGGUAUAAUGAGAUUUUCUUUAUGAUUGACACGUGUCAAGCAAACACCAUGUACGAAAAGAUUUACUCGCCCAAUAUUCUUUGCGUGGGCUCUUCUAGAUUGGACGAGAGUUCGUACAGCCACCACUCAGACAUGGACAUUGGCGUUGCUGUCAUCGACAGGUUCACCUACUACGCCUUGGAUUUCCUCGAGAAAAUCAACCGAACCUCCAAGUUGACCAUGGACAAGCUCUUUGAGGUAUUUACGUUUGCCAACGUGCACUCAAAUCCGGGAAUCCGCACCGAUUUGUUCAAGAGAGACGUUAAAGAUGUCUUGCUAACGGAUUUUUUCGGUAGUGUGCAACAUGUGGUGGCCGACAGUACAAAGUUGGACGUGUUGAAGGUCGCUGCGCAAUUGAGCAAUAACAGCACCAAGCUGAUAAUUCGGGAUCCAGUCGACAACAGGAUAGACAAGGCGCCCGCCCAGUUUGGGUUUGACUUUGAUGAAAACUCAAGGGUCAUGGUGGAUAUCCCAGGAGAUUACAAAAAGGCGAUUGGAAUUGUCACCGUUGCUAUAUUGACGGGACUUUGGUUUCUUUCUUCGAAAACAUAA